CGGGCAGGCUGGGCGGGCGGAGGCCGGUGGAGCCGCGGAGGCGAGACCGGGGCGAGGGAGCUGGGCCUAGGUCGGCGCCCUGGCGGCUGUGUGUGUGUGUGUGUGUGUGUGUUUCUCGGAGAAGUAGGGCCCACGGGGAACAAUGCCUCCACCAUCAGACAUUGUCAAAGUAGCCAUUGAAUGGCCAGGUGCUAACGCUCAGCUUCUUGAAAUCGACCAGAAACGGCCUCUGGCAUCCAUCAUCAAGGAAGUUUGUGAUGGGUGGUCCUUGCCGAACCCGGAGUACUACACCCUCCGUUACGCAGAUGGCCCCCAGCUCUACAUCACCGAGCAGACGCGCAGUGACAUCAAGAAUGGGACCAUCUUACAGCUGGCCACCUCCCCGUCCCGGGCGGCGCGCCAGCUGAUGGAGAGGACCCAGUCAUCCAGCAUGGAGGCCCGGCUGGACGCCAUGAAGGAGCUGGCCAAGCUCUCUGCCGACGUGACCUUCGCCACCGAGUUCAUCAACAUGGAUGGCAUCGUGGUGCUGACGCGGCUCGUGGAGAGUGGAACCAAGCUCUUGUCCCACUACAGUGAGAUGCUGGCAUUCACCUUGACCGCCUUCUUAGAGCUCAUGGACCAUGGCAUCGUCUCCUGGGACAUGGUUUCAAUCACCUUCAUCAAACAGAUUGCAGGGUACGUGAGCCAGCCCAUGGUGGACGUGUCCAUCCUUCAGAGGUCCCUGGCCAUCCUGGAGAGCAUGGUCUUGAACAGCCAGAGCCUGUACCAGAAGAUAGCAGAGGAAAUCACCGUGGGACAGCUCAUCUCUCACCUCCAGGUCUCCAACCAGGAGAUUCAGACCUACGCCAUCGCACUGAUUAACGCGCUUUUCCUGAAGGCUCCUGAGGACAAGCGACAGGACAUGGCCAAUGCAUUUGCACAGAAGCACCUUCGGUCCAUAAUCCUGAAUCACGUGAUCCGAGGGAACCGGCCAAUCAAAACUGAGAUGGCCCAUCAGCUGUAUGUCCUACAAGUCCUGACCUUUAACCUUUUGGAAGAAAGGAUGAUGACCAAGAUGGACCCCAACGACCAGGCUCAAAGAGACAUUAUAUUUGAACUGCGGAGGAUCGCGUUUGAUGCGGAGUCUGACCCUAGCAACGUCCCCGGGAGUGGGACUGAAAAGCGCAAAGCCAUGUACACCAAGGACUACAAAAUGCUGGGAUUUACAAACCACAUCAACCCAGCGAUGGACUUCACCCAGACCCCUCCUGGAAUGCUGGCCUUGGACAACAUGCUGUACUUGGCUAAAGUCCAUCAGGACACCUACAUCCGGAUUGUCCUGGAGAACAGCAGCCGAGAGGACAAACAUGAGUGCCCCUUCGGCCGCAGCGCUAUUGAGCUCACCAGGAUGCUGUGUGAGAUCCUGCAGGUUGGGGAACUGCCGAACGAGGGCCGCAACGACUACCAUCCGAUGUUCUUCACCCACGACCGGGCCUUCGAGGAGCUCUUUGGGAUCUGCAUCCAGCUCCUGAACAAGACCUGGAAGGAGAUGAGGGCGACAGCCGAGGACUUCAACAAGGUCAUGCAAGUGGUUCGGGAGCAGAUCACGCGAGCUUUGCCCUCCAAACCCAGCUCUCUGGAUCAGUUCAAGAGCAAGCUGCGUAGCCUGAGCUACUCAGAGAUCCUGCGGCUGCGCCAGUCCGAGCGGAUGAGUCAGGACGACUUCCAGUCCCCGCCCAUCGUGGAGCUGAGGGAGAAGAUCCAGCCCGAGAUCCUGGAGCUCAUCAAGCAGCAGCGCCUGAACCGGCUCUGUGAGGGCAGCAGCUUCCGGAAGAUUGGGAACCGCCGGAGGCAAGAGCGUUUCUGGUACUGCCGCUUGGCCCUGAACCACAAGGUCCUGCACUAUGGUGACUUGGAUGACAACCCUCAAGGGGAGGUGACAUUUGAAUCCCUGCAGGAGAAAAUUCCUGUUGCAGACAUUAAGGCCAUUGUCACCGGGAAAGACUGUCCGCACAUGAAGGAGAAGAGCGCUCUGAAACAGAACAAGGAGGUGUUGGAGUUGGCCUUCUCCAUCCUGUAUGACCCCGAUGAGACCUUAAACUUCAUCGCCCCUAACAAGUAUGAGUACUGCAUCUGGAUCGAUGGGCUCAGCGCCCUCCUGGGGAAGGACAUGUCCAGCGAGCUGACCAAGAGUGACCUGGACACCCUGCUGAGCAUGGAGAUGAAGCUCCGGCUGCUGGACCUGGAGAACAUCCAGAUUCCGGAGGCGCCCCCGCCAGUGCCCAAGGAGCCCAGCAGCUAUGACUUUGUCUAUCACUACGGCUGAGCCUGCAGCCAGGCUCCGUGGUCCCCAGGGAGGGAUCUGGGCCCAGGAGAAACACCUGCAGUCUGGUGCCUUGUCGUUUGCUUGUACAGAAUCUGUAGUGACCAUGGUGGCCAGUAAAUGCCAGCCGCCCCUCACACUCACCUCGGACCGCCCAGAGCCUCCUCUCGGCCCCCACCCGCUCCGAGUCAUGAAGGCAGGGGCGCUCUGCCCUCCCCACGGAGCCAGGGAUCAGAGCGGGAGGCAUGAACAGUCCCGGCCAAGGACGGCUCAGGCUGGAGUUAACGAGAGUCCCUCACCUUUCCUGCCUGAGCCCGCUCUCCGGCUGGCUGGAUCCCCUCGUGGGCAAGAGCUGGCCCCGGAAAGGCUGCCUGCAGAGGACAGACGCUCCGGUCCUGUUGAGAGCCACAGAGAGACCGCCGGUGGGUGACCCCGUGCCUGUGUUUCCGAUCCAAGUGGAGGUCUCGGCCUCGGCUUGGGAGAUGCCUUGCCCUUGCUUUUGUCGCCUUCGUGAGGGCUCACUCCGGCCUCGUUCCGGGCCGGCACGCUGCUGCUGCUGAGGCAUGGCUCCAACGUCUCUGGGCUCCGGAGCCACCAGGUCUCUCCUGCCCUCACGGGUGUCUGGGCAGAUGGGACGGUCUGCCUACAAGCUCUCAGCCUCGCAUCCUGGCAAGUCAAAGACGUGCGAGCUAAGUCGUAUCCUCUAGUCUCAAAGAGCGCUGCGGGGAGAGCCCGGAUGAGCCUGGGCCAAGGCUGGCAAGGCCGCUAGGGUCCACUCCUUUCCCCCGGCAUCUUCCUUUGUUUCCUUCCUCGAAGGGAAAGCUCCCACCUCACCUGAAUUGCAGCCCUGUCCACUUUGCUUUCCUUUGGCCUUCCUGCCCUCAGGAAGUUUGGCCUCCCCUUCUCCUUGCCCCAGCGUUGUGGUUUCUGCCAUUGGCCGUGAUGUCAGGGAGCUAGCUGAGGCCACAGGCUGUGCCAGUGGGGCGUCUCUGUGCUGCAGCACCUGUAAACCACAUGCCCAGCCUCUCUCCUUGGACCCGUGAACACAGUGGCAUUGCAUAUUGGUAGCCUGGCAUGGUAGGUACUGCCCCACGAAGAGUGUACUAUAUAUUUUCUUUACUAUAGGCCAUACUUAUACAGACGUGUAUAUAUAUUUAUAUAAGAUCUACCUAUCCUAGGAUGGAAUGUGGGAGGGAAAAGAAAACUGAAGGCUCCCCCUAAAAAAAAACAACAAAAAAAACCACUUCCCGUUGUGAGCCAAGAGGGUGACCCGAGAGCGGCCAGGAGCUUCCUGUCGGUAACCAUGUUUUCAAUAAAUACUCUUUCAUGUACGAA